CUCGUGAACUAUUUUUAGCUCACGUUUCGGAAUCAAAAACCGAGUCAAUACGGUCCUUGACCCUUUUAAAAAAAUCUAGGGAAUUUUCUUGUCACUAGGGCAACCUUGACGUGCCUUGACAAUCGACAGUGCUUUUGGCAGAUAACCUCAAAACAUAAACAAACGUUUGCGAAUUAAUUUUGCCUGAAAUGGCUUCAGGACUGGAUUCUUUUGUAAACCAUACAGUUUCAAUUAUUACUUCAGAUGGGCGCAAUUUUAUAGGCACGCUGAAGGGUUUUGAUCAGACAAUCAACAUAAUCAUUGAUGAGUCACAUGAGAGGGUCUAUUCGACUACUUCUGGCGUCGAACAAGUUAUGCUAGGAUUACAUAUAAUACGUGGUGACAAUGUGGCCAUCGUGGGACUCAUAGACGACGAACUAGACAAUCGACUCAACCUAGCGAAUAUCAAAGCCGAACCUCUGAACUCUGUAGUUCAUUAAAAUAAAAUCUAGUGACUUUUCA